CGCCGGAGAGGGGCGGGGCGCGAGGGGCGAGCGGCUCGGGUAAUGGCAGCGCUGUGAGGACGAGGAGGGGGGCAGCGAGCGCGGCCGCGCGACAGGGAGCGAGGGAGCCGGCGGCGGCGCCGAUCGGAUCGGCCCCGUGCCGCCAGAUUAACACUAAAACCCCACAAUGUCCUUGAAACCACGAGUGGUUGACUUCGAUGAAACAUGGAACAAACUUCUAACAACAAUUAAGGCUGUUGUUAUGUUGGAUUAUGUUGAAAGAGCAACGUGGAAUGACCGCUUCUCAGACAUUUAUGCUUUGUGUGUGGCCUAUCCUGAACCUCUUGGAGAGAGACUUUAUACUGAGACAAAGAUUUUCUUGGAAAAUCAUGUACGCCAUUUGCACAAGAGAGUUUUGGAAUCUGAAGAACAAGUACUGGUUAUGUAUCACAGAUACUGGGAAGAAUAUAGCAAGGGAGCAGACUAUAUGGACUGUUUAUACAGGUACCUCAACACGCAGUUUAUUAAGAAGAACAAAUUGACUGAAGCUGAUCUUCAGUAUGGUUAUGGUGGUGUGGAUAUGAAUGAACCACUGAUGGAAAUAGGAGAGCUAGCUCUUGAUAUGUGGAGAAAAUUAAUGAUUGAGCCACUACAGGCCAUCCUUAUUCGAAUGCUCCUCCGAGAAAUCAAAAACCCAAGCACUCCUUCUUCAAGUCAAGCUGAAUAUCAACUUAAGCAUUUUUGUUUCAACACAACAGGAGGCCGACAAGAUCUUGAAUUUGAUCGCUGUGGAGAAGAUCCAAACCAGAAAGUAAUCCAUGGGGUUAUUAACUCCUUUGUUCAUGUUGAACAGUAUAAGAAAAAAUUGCCCCUAAAGUUUUAUCAGGAAAUUUUUGAGUGUCCUUUUCUGAAUGAAACAGGGGAGUAUUAUAAACAAGAAGCUUCAAAUUUAUUGCAAGAAUCAAAUUGCUCACAAUACAUGGAGAAGGUUUUAGGUAGAUUAAAAGAUGAAGAAAUGCGGUGUCGGAAAUACUUGCAUCCCAGCUCAUAUGGUAAAGUGAUUCAUGAGUGCCAGCAGAGAAUGGUAGCUGAUCACUUGCAGUUUCUACAUGCAGAAUGUCACAAUAUUAUCAGACAAGAGAAGAGAAGUGACAUGGCAAAUAUGUAUACUCUACUUCGUGCUGUGUCAAGUGGUUUACCUCAUAUGAUUCAGGAACUACAAAACCAUAUCCAUGAUGAGGGCCUUAGAGCAACCAGCAAUCUUUCUCAGGAAAAUAUGCCAACUCAGUUCGUGGAGUCGGUUUUGGAAGUACAUAGUAAAUUUGUUCAGCUCAUCAACACAGUUUUAAAUGGUGAUCAACACUUUAUGAGUGCCCUUGACAAGGCUUUGACAUCAGUUGUUAACUACAGGGAGCCCAAGUCAAUCUGCAAAGCACCUGAGUUGCUGGCCAAGUACUGUGACAACUUAUUGAAGAAGUCAGCAAAAGGAAUGACUGAGAACGAAGUAGAAGACAAACUUACAAGUUUCAUUACUGUUUUCAAGUACAUUGAUGACAAAGAUGUAUUCCAAAAGUUCUAUGCCAGAAUGUUGGCAAAAAGAUUAAUUCAUGGUUUAUCUAUGUCUAUGGACUCUGAAGAAGCCAUGAUUAAUAAACUAAAGCAAGCCUGUGGUUAUGAAUUUACCAGCAAGCUUCAUCGAAUGUAUACAGACAUGAGUGUUAGUGCUGAUCUCAACAAUAAAUUCAACAACUUUAUCAAAAACCAGGACACAAUUAUAGAUUUGGGAAUUAGUUUUCAGAUAUAUGUUCUACAGGCAGGUGCAUGGCCUCUAACUCAGGCUCCUUCUUCUACAUUUGCAAUUCCUCAGGAACUGGAAAAAAGUGUACAGAUGUUUGAAUUAUUCUACAGUCAGCAUUUUAGUGGAAGGAAGCUUACUUGGUUACAUUAUCUCUGUACAGGUGAAGUAAAAAUGAAUUAUUUGUGCAAACCUUAUGUAGCCAUGGUCACAACGUACCAAAUGGCAGUGUUGCUUGCCUUCAACAACAGUGAAACUGUCAGUUAUAAGGAGCUUCAAGACAGUACGCAAAUGAAUGAGAAGGAACUGACAAAAACUAUCAAAUCCUUACUUGACGUUAAAAUGAUCAACCAUGACUCAGACAAGGAGGAUGUGGAGGCAGAGUCUACAUUUUCAUUAAAUAUGAACUUCAGCAGUAAACGAACGAAAUUUAAAAUUACUACAUCAAUGCAGAAGGACACACCACAGGAGAUGGAGCAGACCAGAAGUGCUGUAGAUGAAGAUAGAAAAAUGUAUCUUCAAGCUGCUAUAGUCCGUAUCAUGAAAGCACGUAAAGUGCUGCGACAUAAUGCUCUUAUUCAGGAGGUAAUUAGCCAAUCAAGAGCUAGGUUUAAUCCAAGUAUCAGCAUGAUUAAGAAGUGUAUUGAAGUUCUGAUAGACAAACAGUACAUAGAGCGAAGCCAGGCCUCUGCAGAUGAAUACAGUUAUGUAGCAUGAUGUUGCUAUCCUGCAGGUAUGAUUGUAAGGAGAUCAUUGCUGUCACUGUUUGGUGUGUUCCUGUGGGAAGAGGCAGGCCUGUGCCUCCAUAAUUGGUCACUUGGCAGCCCCCGUUUUUCUGCUGUUUACAACAUCACCAGUGCCAUGUCAUGAGCGUCAAUGAAAAUGCCUAUAGAUAUUUCAAGCUCAUGUCAUUAUGACAUUUCUUAAAACUUUACUAAAAGAAUGAGUGAAGUAUUGCUGAGAUGUGGAAAUUUGGUUGGGUACCAUGCUUUUUUUUUUUUUUUUUCCUCCCCUUUCACGUUUGCAGUUGAUGUUUUUUAAUGUAUCUUAAGACAAAGUUAAAAAAAAAAAGAAAGAAAAAAAAAAAAAGAAAA